UUGCAGUUAAGUGAGGCUGGAAGUUGCUCAUCGCUCCAAUGUUCGGAAAAUGUUCCGGGGACGACGGUACAAGGGUUCCGGCGAAGCUCGGGCCGUGGAUGCCAACUCCAACCCAACCACCGUCAUCAACAGUACGAAGAAGUUCAACAACUCAACGCGAAAGGGACUUGUUUCGUGGCCGUCAAAUCCGCGGAUUUAUAGGUAAGAGCAAUAUUGUACUUUCUGUCGCCUUUGUUUGCCGUUCGCAUCCAGCGUUGCUGCAGCAAAAGCAGACGGGACCAUUGUAAGAUUACGACAACUGCGACAGUCGCAUUCGACAACCUGCUACAAUAGAGUAGUCGCAAGAAGAAAGGUAUCCCCUACGACACAAGGCUGCCUGCAAAACGGAAACGUGGUCUUUCACUUCCAUAGACAUCUUCUACCAGCGCCUCGCUGCCUCAAACGCGACACCCUUUGACUCGCCAACGCCACCUCUCAUUUAUGGCUUGGAUACGAAGAUGAACUCCCUCAACAUCCUAUCGGCGCGGGUUUCGCCGCCGCCUCCGCGAAGCAACUCUUAUGGCAGCUCCCUAAGCCUAGCCGGAAACGCGCCAAUACAACCAAGAAGUCUUGCCGAGGAUGCGGUAGACGAACACCAGGAAGAGGAUGGCGCGGCAGAGGCAGGGGAAGAAACCUCCACGGAGGCAGGACACGCCGGCAUGGAUGAGAAGGCCCCAAUGCUAGAAGAUGGGAAGGCGGAUAUACAGUCGAGGCCGAGGGGCUUUGUCUUCUUCUCGAAACGAAUAGCGGCCGCGUUUGUGAACUCUAUACGAUGGGUGGUAUCGGCGAUAAUAGCGCCGGGAUUUUAUAUAAUAGCAUGUUUGUACGAUCACGACGGAAACUUCGCGCCCCUAUUCCAAGUGCGGAGGAUUGGAGGGUACUUUUGGAGAGGAGAGAUGAGCCCCGAAGGCUUGAGCAGCGAACGCAGCGCGCUCCUUGAGAAGCACGCAGCCUCAAGCAGACGGCCCUCCACAAGGCCUCAAAAGAACGCCUCGCUAUCCUCCCAGCUCUCCUCCGAAUCCGAAUCCGAGCGCGACUUGGACUCCCGCCCAACCAGCUCAGCUGGCAGACACACCCGCUCCAGAUCUCUCAAGCCGAGCGACGAGACGACACCCGCGCGCCGCUCUAUCCGCAUCAAGCUUCACAACGAAGACGCGCGGCAAAACCGCAGGCAUCGCAAAUCGCAGUCUACAAACUCGCCCAUGACACAGUCUGACGGCGCCGGUGGCGCUAGCCCUGCUCUUACUGAAAUCACACCCGCUACGCUCAAGUCCCCUACCUCGCCGCCGGCGACGCUCUCGAUGGCCAAGUACCCGCGCGCGCCUACGCCGCCGCGGCCGCUGAUCCCGAAGAGGCAGCCCAGCUAUACGAUGGCUGAGCCGAUUAACGGGCGUGCGGGGCAGAAGACACUGAUUCUUGAUCUCGACGAGACGCUGAUCCACUCCAUGGCCAAAGGCGGACGCAUGUCCACCGGGCACAUGGUGGAGGUGAAGCUCAAUACAUUCGUCGCCGCCUCCGGGGUCCCAAUUGCCGGGCCCCAACACCCUAUCCUGUAUUACGUGCACAAGCGACCUCACUGCGACGACUUCCUGCGGCGCGUGUGCAAGUGGUAUAACUUAGUGAUUUUCACGGCGUCGGUGCAGGAGUAUGCGGACCCUGUGAUUGACUGGCUAGAGCAAGAACGCAAGUUCUUUAGCGGGAGGCUGUAUAGGCAGCAUUGCACGUUUAGACAUGGGGCGUUUAUCAAGGAUCUGAGCAGUGUGGAGCCGGACUUGAGUCGGGUUAUGAUUUUGGAUAAUAGCCCGUUGAGUUACAUGUUUCACCAAGGUAUGUUGUCUGUGUGGUGGUGUUGGGGGCAGAGCUGACUGGGUUAUAGACAAUGCUAUCCCGAUAGAAGGCUGGAUUAACGAUCCGACGGAUAAUGAUCUGCUGCACUUGGUACCGCUGCUUGAAGGGCUACAGCAUGUCACGGAUGUGAGAGCGCUGCUUGCCUUGCGAGGUGGGGAGGAUGGGAAGCACAUGGUGACCUGAAUAAUGAAAGUUGUUCCCUGUUAGCAUCAAACACAAGUCCAUGUGCAAAACAAAACAGCCAGUCCUCUUCCGGUUCUUGCUCGUCUUGUAUAGCCUACGAUCAAAUGAAUUCAUAUAUACCCUCAACCAGUUCCAAACCUCAUCCCCCCAUUCGCCGACACAACCUGCCCCGUAACCCACCCCGCAUCCUUCGUACAC